AUGUCUAGCAGUCCAUCUACAUUUUAUCAGGAGUUGUCGAAAGAUAUACUGCGUUCUGAUUAUGACCAAAUCUUGUCUACGUCACUCAAUGAUCGGCUAAGCGGAUUACUUCUUCAUACUUCACAUUGCGGUGUUCACUCUUCACGAACUGGAAAAUUUGCCUUCGAUCUGGAAUAUCUACGUCAUGCAUUUUGUAAUUCGUCCUGUACGUCUGCAAAUACUACGCCUUAUAUUGUAAAUCUCGUAUGUGCUAUCAAAUGUCCUGAAUUGUAUUUACCGACUCAUACGUUCACUACUAAACAGCAGAAGGAGGAACAAUCAACUAUUUCUUCAAGAAAUACAAAAAGAGGGCUGGAGUAAGGGGGGACUAAGAGGGGCUUAGCCCCGGACCUCACUUAUUAAGGGGCCUCACCCGAGCAUCAUUCAAGAAUACUUAUUUUCCGAAUAACUAAUAAAAAAUACUUUUUAAACGCUAAUGCAAGAUUUUUAAAUAAACUAAA